AUGGAUAAAAGGAAGCUCACUAGAGGAUCCCUCUGGUGGAAAGUGAUCUGGCGGUUCGUGCAGGGCAGGAGGAGCAGCAGGAAGGCCGUGCUGUUGCUGGGCCUCUGCGACGCGGGGAAGACGCUGCUCUUCGCGCGGCUGCUGUCGGGCAGAUACCGGGACACCCAGACCUCGAUCACCGACAGCUCGGCCACGUACCGGGUCAGCCGGGACAAGGGCACCAGUGUGACCUUGAUCGACCUUCCAGGCCAUGAGAGUUUGAGGCUCCAAUUCUUGGAGAGGUUCAAGGCUGCAGCCAGAGCCAUUGUGUUUGUGGUGGACAGCGUGGCCUUCCAGCGGGAGGUGAAGGACGUGGCAGAGUUCCUGUACCAGGUCCUGGUCGAUGGCACCGUCCUCAAGAACGCGCCCGCGCUGCUCAUCGCCUGCAACAAGCAAGAUGUCACAAUGGCAAAAUCAGCAAAACUUAUUCAACAACAGCUGGAGAAAGAGCUCAAUACCUUACGGGUGACCCGCUCCGCAGCCCCCACCAGCCUGGACAGCUCAGGGGGUCCUGCCCAGCUGGGCAAGAAGGGCAAGGACUUCGACUUCUCCCAGCUGCCUAUGAAGGUGGAAUUCGUGGAGUGCAGUGCUCGGGGCAGCAAGGGGGAGGAGGGAGAUGCUGACUUGGAGGGCCUGGAGAAAUGGCUGCUGAAAGUCGCCUGA